UCAACCGGAACGAGUGUAGUUGUUCUUAUGUGUAGUUAUUGCAAACAUAUUAUAAUCUAAUUUAAUAAUACUGACGUGCAUCGCUCUGAUAAACUGGAGGACUGACCGCAGCGAGUGAAUGAUAAACUAAUCUGAGCGGGAUACAGAGCAUGGACAGCUGCAGCGACCUGGACGAGGAGCUGCCUGUGUUUGACUUCCUCCAGCCUUGUCCACGUUUCAGCCAAGCCCCCCAGAGAAGCCCACAGAGACCAGAGUUGGUCGGCCUGAAAGACUGGGAUGCUGAACACGCAGCCAACUCCUCCCCGGGGAGGGCGAAGGCGGCAGGGGCGGCUGCUGUGAUGAUGAUUAGCAGCGAUUCUGACGAUGACACGCCUUAUGUCCCUCUGGCUCAGAGACUCAAACUCAACGGGACGAGUGCCUCGUCCACUGGUCCUCGUGGGAAAAGUGCAGAGCAGGAUUUGCCAUCUGAUCGAGCCGACUUUUCUCACUCAGGACGCCCUCUCAGCUUCCAUCAGGUGAAAGCAGUUCACACGGAGGGGCUGGAGGACUGGCCCCAUCGGCCUCUGAGGCCACUCCCAGACAAUGCUCCUGCCAAGAAGAAAGCAACCAAGCGGACGACAGAGGACAUCCAGGCCUCCAGAGAGGAGGCCCUGAGGAAGAGGAGGGAGAAGGAGGCACUCAGGCAAGAACAGGACAGACACAGAGCGGAGAGGAAAGCUCUGGCGGAGACUGCCAAGGCCCUGAGGCCAGAGGAGUGUAUCAAGCAUAUGGUGGUAGCUGUUGAUCCAGCUCUGUUGCAGACGGAGGGAGGCGGGACUCUGCUGGCUUCGCUGCAGGCUCUGGGUUGUAGCUGUGCCAUCGAGAAGCAAGUCGUCCCACAGAGUGUUGGGUGGUCGAGGAGAAGCCCAUGUGGGCAGCUGGAUGAGGGGCGGCGUGACCCAGAGCCCUGCGUGGUGCUGCAGAUGACAGUGGAGCACUUCAUCACACUGAUCCACGGCUACAUCCAGGAGGAGAGGCUCGGCAGGACGGACUGUGGUCCCACCCUGACGUCCUGGGUCCAGGAGCAGCAGAGGCGUCAGCCCAGCAAGACCCUGAGCCUGGCAGUCAUCGAGCUGGAGAAAUACUUCAGACUGCAGAAGUCACGAAGCCAGAAGAGGUUGAGAGAAGCUGUGGCGGUUGAAGGUAAAGGGAGUGGAAAAGGGAAGAAGAGAAGGAAGAAUGACGACGCUGAGACGCUACCGGAGGUGUCCCGGGUUGAUGUUGAGGAGGCCGCGGUGCAUCUCCAGCUUCACACCGGCGUCUCGCUCCACUUCUUGUCUACGUGGAAGGACUUCUCAGACUACAUCACCAUGACAACCAAAGCGGUCGCGGAGGCGCCUUUCAAGAGAGAGCGGGAACAGACGGGCUUCUCCUUCUACCUGGAGAGCGAGUGGGCGGGAGGUCAGCGGGUGGACAGAGCCGGUGGAGGACUGCUGCAGGUGUGGAAGAGGCAGAUCCAGCAGUUCAACAGGGUCAGCCCCGACAUGGCUGCUGCCAUCGUGGCGGCUUAUCCGUCCCCGCAGCUGCUGGAGAAGGCGUACGGUCGCUGUAGGACUGAAGGGGAAAAGAUGUCUCUUCUGUCCGACCUGCUGAUCCGCAGAGGAGAAGGCGUCACGUCCACGACUCGCAGAGUCGGUCCAGAGCUUUCCAAGCGCAUCUACCUCACCAUGCAUUCCUGGGAUCCGGAGCAGAAUCUGAUGACUGCCGCUUUCAUCGGUUACAUUUAA